CCGAGAUGGCCCGCGAAUUGCGCGUCGCGUUCGGAUCUUUCCGCUUACGUGGGAGAAGGCUCACCCAGCCUUCCGCUUUGGUGGGAUCACGGACUUCGGAUUGGUGUCCGAUCGCAACGUUGCCAACGAGAUUCGAUACGCCAGUUUUCAAAAUCCGUACUUGCCGCGGUUGCAGGGUGGGCAGAGCAGCGACCCACGGACUUGCUUGAGUUCUGGGACAAAAGUAGGAGGAAACGUCGGCCAAUCCGCUGUUGGAUCCGAAGCUAUGCGAUUCCGUAUUGACAACGACGCGGCGGAACUCGGUGUUGAAGUGAAAAAUGUCACGGAACAUGUAAGCCAAUUUCAACGAGCACGUGAGCUGCGUUCCAUGACAACCGGAAUGCGCAGACCAGAGUGUUCUACGCUGACAACCAUCGUGACGCCUGCAGUCGUGUGCGCGCCAAAUUUGCCUUCUCUUGCGGAGCCAAUCCUUGGACGUCUGGGCCUCAAAGAUGUGAAAUCGGGCACGCUGUACGG